GAGAGGGAAGGGAAAGGAAUAUCUUCUCCCAUUCCAUCAGAGGAUCGGAAUACAAAUUCACGGCGCUUACACAUUCCAUUCCCAUUUCCAAGGGAGAAAUCCUACAACACUCCUUCACCACCAUCACAUAUCAUAGAAGAAGAAGAAGAAGAAGAAGAAGAAGAGUCAAACGGUUCUUCUAGGGUUUAUCCCCCGCGAUUUCGAAGCUUUUGAUUUCGGUCGUAAGACGGUCGGCCGUGCAAUUUGUAGAUGGAGGGAGUGAGCAAUGGGGGGAUGCUCUACCACGAGGUUCAGGAGUCGAAGCUCUGCGCCGUCCACUGCGUCAACACCGUCCUGCAGGGCCCUUUCUUCUCCGAGUUUGAUUUGGCCGCCCUCGCCUCUGAUCUUGACCGCCGGGAGCGCCAGAUGAUGAUGGAAGGCGUUGGCGGCGGUGGAGGGGGAGGAGGCCACGUCGCCGCCGGCGGGGACUUCCUCUCCCAGGAUUCCCACAAUGUCUCCCUCGACGGCGAUUUCAGUAUCCAGGUUUUGCAGAAGGCUUUAGAGGUUUGGGAUCUGCAGGUCAUCCCCCUAAACUCCCCAGCAGCAGAACCAGCUCAGUUUGAUCCCGAGCGUGAGAAUGCAUUUAUUUGCCACUUGCAAGACCAUUGGUUCUGCAUUCGGAAAGUGAAUGGGGAGUGGUACAAUUUUGAUAGCCUGUAUGCUGCCCCACAGCACCUCUCGAGGUUCUAUCUCUCAGCCUAUCUUGACUCCCUAAAAGGCUUUGGGUGGAGCAUUUUCAUUGUCAGGGGAAACUUCCCAAAAGAGUGUCCCAUAUCCUCUGCAGAAGCUCCCAGCAGUUAUGGUCAGUGGCUUUCGCCCGAGGAUGCAGAGCGAAUAUCCAAGUCAUGUAAUGAAACGUGGGAUCCAGCUCGAAGGAUUGAUCAGACUGAUCAAAUGGUUUCUGAAAUUGAAGAUGCAGAUCUCAAGGCUGCCAUAGCUGCCAGCUUGAUGGAUGCUACCCCGAGUAAGGCCAGUGUUGAUGCUACCCCUAGUAAGGCGGCUAAGGCCAGUGUUGAUGCUACCCCGAGUAAGGCCAGUGGUGAUGCUACCCCGAGUAAGGUCAGUGUUGAUGCUACCCCGAGUAAGGCCAUUGGUGAUGCUACCCCGAGUAAGGCCAGUGGUGAUGCUACCCCGAGUAAGGCCAGUGGUGAUGCUACCCCGAGUAAGGCCAGUGGUGAUGCUACCCCGAGUAAGGCCAGUGGUGAUGCUACCCCGAGUAAGGCCAGUGGUGAUGCUACCCCGAGUACGGCCAGUGGUGAUGCUACCCCGAGUAAGGCCAUUGGUGAUGCUACCCCGAGUAAGGCCAUUGGUGAUGCUACCCCGAGUAAGGCCAGUGGUGAUGCCGUAAACAGUCAAGAGGAAAGCCCAGACAGAGAAGAGAAAAAAUGACCUUGGAAUUUUAUCUUAGUUUUGGUUGAGAAAUCUAUGAAAGCUCCGUAUCCCAUGAUAGUGCAAUUAGUUGUAUGGUGUAAUCAGCUUUUUGACCGUUGGAUUAUCAAAAAAUUAUUUCUUUAUUAGUCAAUAAUUGUAAUCCAACGGUUCAAAAAUUGAUUGCAUAGGAAAGUGAUUGCACCAUAGAAUGUCCCCCCGAUGUAGCUUCAAGGAAUUGAUUCGACGGACAGAAUCCAUACUCUGCAUGAAUUUCGGCAGGUUUUCAUUUUCUUUGGCAUUUCGCUGAACAUAUAUUAACUCAUGUUCCGGCGAAUUCUUCCAGUUUCUGCAAUUCUAUGAGCUUUACUUCUA